CGAUUUGCGAGAUCUCGCCAGGUUCGACAUUUGUUGCGAGAUUUGGAAGCACGCUGCAGAACUGAGCCUGCUACAAAGUUUGAAGUUUGCAUCAUCACAAGAUGGGGUCCCGCAACACGUCCCCAUCAGUGGAGGCAGUGGUGACUAUCCUCCAGCAGUGGGAGAGGGACAUGGGCAGCGCAGUGGACCCCCUGCCCACUAUUAACAGUUUGGCAGAAAUUGUGGAGAGGGAGACAGAAGAGUAUCUUGGGCAGGACCCAGAUCCAUUUGACGACAGACAUCCAGGGCGAGCAGAUCCAGACAGUGGUUUUGGGCUUGUUCUGAAGACUCUGUUUAAAGACAAUGACUUCAUGAACACACUGGUGAAUAACUACAUCCUCACGCAGGAGAGAGAUAACAUUGAACUUGUCACCGCGGCCUGCCGACUCCUUAUCGACAUCCUACCCGGUCUGGAGACGUCGGUCGUCUUUCAAGAAACGGAUGGCAUUGUAGAGAGACUGUUCAGGUGGACCAAGCUAGAGCAUGAGCCGCUGAGUUCCUAUGCCACUGGCCUAUUGGCUGCUGCCAUGGAAACGCAGGAUGUUGCAACCAAUUACAGGGAGGAUAACUCUGAACUGGUGCCUCAGAUGUUGGCUAAACUGAAGUGCCUGAGAGAACAGAUGGAGAGGGAGAGGUGUCACAAGUCAGAGGAAGACUUCGGUGUGACCAUGGACAGGCCAUUUGCCUGUUUCUCCAGUCCGGACGGCACGGGAAGCCCCGUAACCACGCCGACCAAAGUGGAGCUACCCAAACCUACAGACUCUGGUGCCGGAGACGUGGGGGUAGCUAACGGGCCGGGCAAUACGGAGGACGCAGCAAUACGCACAUCGCUGCCCCCUAGUGGUAGAACUGAUGGGUGCAGCAGCACCACCACCACACCAAAGAGCGCCGAACGCACGGGGAAAAGGCAGCUGGCGACAGACGAUGACAGCUCGAGCAAACGGACUAGAACGGAGGGUUCGCUCCCCGCGGCGGGGAUGUUCGCGUCCCCGCUGAAAGUGCCUUCGCGCGCCGGCAGUUCCAUGUCGCUCUCCCUGCACGACUGCAGUAACAGCAGCUGGAAGGAGCAGGUGCCGUACCUGAUUGGUCGACACCAGAUGUACCCCCUGGACCUGGUGAUGAAGCAGAGACUCAUCCUGCAGUACCUGACUCCACUGGGCGAGUAUCAGGAGUUGCUGGCUACAUUUUUUGAGCUGGGUGCUAUGGACCUGGUGACUUACUACAUGGACCUCAGGAACACACAAGAUGUCAGGCUCACUUUUGAUGCCCUCAAGUGGCUGGCUGCCCUGCUGUGCCAUAAGAAGUUUGCUGCAGAGUUUGUGUCACAGGGUGGUCUGCAGAAGUUACUGCAGGUGCACCGCCCCUCCAUGGCUGCCACCGGUGUGUCCAUGUGUCUCUACUACCUGGCUUACAACGAGGACGCCAUGGAAAGGGUGUGUCUCCUGCCCCACAACGUCCUGUCAGACCUGGUAGACUACACCCUGUGGCUGCUGGAGUGUUCACACGAGUCCGGCCGCUGUCAUGCCACCAUGUUCUUCACCGUCACCUUCGGCUUCAGGACCAUACUGGAGCUGUUCGACAGACAGGACGGGCUCAGGAAACUCUACAAUCUGAUGAGUACACUACAAAUCCUGAGGACAGAUGACCAAGGGGAGAACCUGUCUGACGACGACAUCUACGCCAGCCGCCAGACGACCAAACAUGUGUGCACGGCCCUCAGGAGGUACUUUGAGGCACACCUGGCCAUCAGAGUGGACGCCAUGAAGAGGGCCUUAUCAAGAACAGGGGGAGGGUCACCGGUCACUCCUGUACCUCCGUACAAGGCAGGAGCCCUGACACGUGAAGCUAUGAUGGGGAACAUGGAGAUGGUGGUGGAACAUGCACCUGUCAGGUGGCACUGGGAACCUGCACAGGAGUUCUUCCACCUGGGAGGAGUCAACCUACUGCUGCAGAUGAUCGCGCUGUCCUCGGAGUGGAGGAACUACGGCGGCCGGUCGGACACGAUCCGGGCGGGACUGGACAUCCUGGCCAUCCUGACGGUCACUCCCAAGGCCCAGCUCCUGCUGUGUGAGCCGGUCACUCUGCCGGAGUCAUCGGCUACCAUCGGUCUCAACAUCAUCCUGGGCAUGGCAGAAGGGGAACAUCUAACCACUCCUGAUGCUGAGGUACAGAAGGCAGCCUUACAAGUCAUCAUCAACUGUGUGUGUGGACCAACCAACAGGUUGGGAGGAGGUGUGGGGAGGGUGGGCAGUGGCACCCCUCGCAGGAGGAACAUACUCAGGAGUGGGGAGGACGUCCUCACCAAGAUGUGGCACUGUGUCAGGGCUAACAACGGCAUCAAGGUCCUGUUGAACCUAUUCACUGUGAAAUCGCCCAUCACGGAUGCAGACGAGAUCCGUGCCAUGGCGUGCCGCGCCCUGUGCGGUCUGGCGCGCUGCGACACUGUCAAGCAGAUCAUCGGCAAACUGCAGCUGUUCAGCUCCGGGGAGAUGCAGCGGCUGAUGAAGGAACCCACCCUGCAGGAGAAGCGGCAGGAGCACCUCAAGUUCGUCAAGUACGCAGCCGAGCUGCUGGAGAGGAUCUCGGGGAAGCCGGUGUUGUCCGGUUACGAGGCCACCCUGGCGGGACUGAACCGGGCGGACAUCGUCGCCCAGACCAGGAUAGCGUACAACUCCAAAGAACUGAUGCAACUCAUCCACAACCACCUCUUGCAGAACGGCAUGACGGACACGGCGGCAUCCCUGCAGCGGGAGGCGGGAUUGGGCAGGGUCUCUCCGCACCACGAGCCAAUCAGACACUCCGCGGCGCACCACGCCCCCGUCGCCAUGGCGGCAGCACCUCCUCAGGGACACAAGCUGAUCAGGGUUCCGCCGGCCGGAAACGCCAGCGUCUCCAACACCUCUCCCCUCAGCGGACAUUUGAAAUUCGUUCCUCCCACGUCCGGAGCCUCUCGGACCAACAGGACUCCGCACUUUGUCCGACAGAAGUCGCAAACGGCCGGCGGGAACUUCAUGCCCAGUCCCGUGAUGAGGAAACAAAUGAUGAAGACCUCCCCCGCCCCUCCCUCUCUGGACAAUAUAGUGAAGAAGUAUCUAGCAGAGCAGCAUUCGCACUGUCGGAACCCCGUAUCCACCUGUCCACCCUUCUCCCUCAUACAGCCCCACCACUGUCCCGAACCCAAGUACCGUAGACACGCGCCAAACAACGUCGCGGCGCGCCUCGUCCGCAGGGCGGCCUUCCCAAUCUACGGCGGGCUGGACGGAUCCUCGUACGACCGCCAGUUCAUCUACAGCAGGUUCCGACCGGUCCGCAUGCUGCGAGACGCGGAGGGUGACAGUUCCUUCACGUGCUGCGCGUUCAUGCCCUCCUCGUUCUACCACAAGUACGUGGCGCUGGGGACCUACUCCGGAGAACUGAAGAUGUACAGCCUGAUCUCGGGUACGGAGGAGGGGACGUACGUCUGUCAUAACAGUGCGAUCACACACUGCGAGCCUUCCCGUGACGGGAGCCUCAUGCUGACCUCGGGGUCGUACGGGCGGCCGCUGUCGGCGCUGUGGAGCAUGAACGGAGUGUUCACCAGGAAGAUGAGUAUCGCCGAGGACAACCAUGUGGAGUUCAGCAAACUGGUGCAGGACCGAGUCAUCGGUACCAAGAACGAGAUUGCCCACAUCUACGACAUCCAGACGUGUCAGAAGACCCUGACCCUGGUCGACCCUGACCUCACCAACCGCUACAAUAAGAACAAGGCCACCUUCAACGCCACGGACGACAUGGUCCUGUCUGACGGGGUAUUAUGGGAUGUCAGGUCGGCUAAGCCCAUCCACAAGUUUGACAAGUUCAAUGGUAACAUCAGCGGAGUGUUCCACCCCAACGGUCUGGAGAUCGUCAUCAAUUCUGAGAUUUGGGACAUGCGAUCCUUCCACCUGCUCCACACCGUGCCCUCACUGGACCAGUGUCAGGUGGUCUUCAACAACAACGGAACUGUCAUGUAUGGAGCUAUGUUCCAUGAAGAAGAAGAUGAGUUGGAAGAUGACUGGUUGAAGAACACCUACGGCUCAUCCUUCAGGACAUUUGAUGCCACAGACUACAGCCCCAUAGCAACGAUUGAUGUGAAACGGAACAUCUUUGACCUGGCCACGGAUGCCUCGGACCAUUACUUAGCCCUAAUCGAGAACCAGGGUAACAUGGACUCCCUGUCAGUGGAGAGUGUGUGUCGGCUGUAUGAAGUGGGACGGCUGCGGGUAGAUGGGGAGGAUGAUGAAGAUGAAGAACAGGAGGAGGAGGAAGAGGAGGAAGAAUUGGAUGAUGAUGAUGAUGAUGAUGAGCUGAGUCAGGAGGAGAUGGAGGAUGGGGAGGGGGAGGACAACAUGGAGGAUGAGGAGAACCUGGAUGAGGAGGGGGAGGAGGGAGGGGAGGACGACGAUGAUGAUGAUGGGGAUGAUGACGAGGAGUUUGACAUCGACCUUGAGGACAGCGAUGAAGAUGACGACUUGUCAGAUAUUGAUGACGACAUGCUGUUCGCCCUCUCCUGAUCAUGAACACAGCAGCCAAUUCGAACCCUAGGAUUACUGCUGACAUGUGGUCCACGGGAGAUGUCGAAUCUUCAGUCCCAAAAUUUUUCACUAUUGUCUGUCCAGUAUUUUUUCUGAAAAUUCAGAAUGCUCAUUGAUAUGACUUCUUUCUGGCACCAUACAUGUACAUGUACAAGUACAAGGCAAUAUUCUGAAGUUUAAUAAAAAAUACAUGUACCCAGUAUAUCAUUAAUUCAUCUACAUGAACAUUUCCAAUUAAGUAAGCAGCAAGUUUUACAUGUAUGUGUACAUUAUAUUUCAGUUCUGCUAAGCUUUUAAGAGGUAAUCUGUGAAGUUUCUAGCAAUACCACACUUGUGUAUGUAUUUUAGUUCCAUGACAGAGAAAAAGUUCAUCAUAAUAUUAUCCACAAAAUGUAGGCAUAUAAAUGAAAUAUUACAUAAUCAUUACUGGCUGGGGUAAGACAGAACUGAGGCAAUAUUGAGGACAUGUAAUUGUAAAAGAUUCAAGAUAGGGAAGAAACUUUGCACAGUUAAGACAUUUCCAGUAGACACGAUGGCUGUUGUGUUUCUUAUGCCACUCAAGAAUCUCAGGAACUUGUGCUUGUCUUUCCAUAGAAUUUCCCCAAUAUACACCUCUCUGCAAUGGCCUACAGGUAUUGUAUAACACUCUGUGUAUUUAUGACAUGUACUUAACUAUGUAUGAGGGGUGCCGUAGAUUUUUCUGGCGGAUGAAGGUUCUGGCAGGAAAAAGUUUUAAGUAUUUUUUCCUUGCGAUUUACGCGUAAACUAAAAUCAACUUCAAGGCACUGCUGUGUCGCUCUGAUUUUAGCCAUGUAAAUUAUUUAUGGAUUUUUUUGGCCGAUUCUAUCACAAAUUUCAUACAAUGUAUAUCUUUUCUCUGCAAUAUAAUGUAAUGUUGUAGCUUAGAACAUUGUCAUGUACAUUGAGAAUGCUUUUAAACUAUACAUCAGGGAGAAUGUGUAUGACUAGUCUUUUCUGAUCAUUCAGGGCUCGAAAUACCACCUGCAUAUGCAGGUUAGUACAGGCAAAAUUGGUGCUGUGCAGGUAUUUAUGAGGUCUACCUGCACCUAACCUGCAUAAGGUUAUGCAUACUGUAUUUCAAAUGUUACCAGUGCAGGUAGACAGAAAAAAAAAAAGGAUUUUGAGCCCAGUCAUUUAACAGAAUGUAUCGAGCAACAAGCAAUACAGAACCUGUCGGAAAUUGAUUGACGUAUUGUUAUGGCAGGGUAGAUGGUAUGCCUUUAUGGUAUGACUCAGUAUUCGGAUGUAAAGGGUGAUACGGGUGAAUGAAAAAUAUUCAAAUGUAAGAUAAAACAGAAGACACUGUCACUGUGUAUCUGAUGAUGUGAGAGUGGUAUGGGCAGUCAAAGGGGUCAUAUACCACAAUGCUGAAACAUGAAAGAUAGAUUGGCUUAAAACAUUAACUACUGAUGUUCUGUGGUACAUGUACCUCUAUUGUUUGUACAUGUAGUUUGUACUAAAGUGAAAUGAGCCAUAUAGUUACUGCCAGGUGCCUUGAAUGUGUACCACUCCCACCUCUUUGUACCAAGAUGUUUCAGAGCUGUAUUAAACAUGGUCUGGGACAAACCC